AUGGACCACCUAGCCUACCCGCACGUCAUGGACGCGAUCAUCGCAGCCGCGCCAUACGAAUCGCUCAUAUCUCUCCGGGCAACAUCGAGUGAUAUGCGUGCCCGCGUUGACCCCCUCCUCGCCCAGCGCAUGACGGUACACCUCCCCAACUCAACUGUGCACGAGAUCGACGGUCCCCUCCACGUGACGUAUGGAGCGAGUGUGCCUCUAUCCCGCUACCUAUCCGCACUGCUCAACCCCGAUCUCAACCCCGCAUGUGAAGUACACAGCACGCAGCUAAAGCCGUACGCCGAGGUCCUCGCCAUGGCCCGCAUCGUCGACCUCCGCGGCCCGGCUAACCACUACCGCCUCUGGCAAAUGUACCCGUUUCUCAGUGGCGUGCACACUGUCCGAUACCGCGGCCCCGACCUGUAUGCGAGUGCGUACGCUGAGACGACUGUGAGCGUGCGCCAUAUCGUCGACCAGUUCCUUAUAUCGCUGCGGGCUGCGCGCAUCAUCGUCUCCCUCGAUGCGGAUUCGCCCCCGCAGGUCCGUCAAAUCGCCUACCCUGUCCUCCGACUGGCGCGCAAGGCUGUUAUCAACAUGUGGUGGUCGCCGGAGAGGCCUUGCAUGAGCACUGCUCACCGCUGUAACCUCGUCCUCGACAUGGGAAUCAAGGACCUCGUUUUCCUCUGUCGCCGCAAGACCGCAUCGUCCACGUCCAACGUUCCACGCAAGCCACCUACCCACCAGCUAGUGCCGCAGAAGAUGGGCAUGUUCCACAACAUGCUCAAGUACGGUGUGGGCCGUAUCCUCUCUCCUGGCUGGACCAAGGUUCUCACCUUUGUCGGACUCGAGACCGUCGCGCCUGCCGCGCUAGGGUACACCGAUGCCGAGCCGUCCCUGGCGCAGAUCAUCGAUGAUAUGUUCGGCUUCAUCAUCGCUGAGGGGAUCGGAUGUGAGCUACCUGACGACUACGGCACUGCGCUCGCGCUGCUCCAGGACCGUGUCCGCUUCCUCACACAUGGCGAGUACUCUGCGGAGAUCGGGCGAGAGGAGUACGAGAUCGAGAUGAUACCGCCGCCGAAUUGGGCAUCGUGUGAGUGGUCGUAG